AUGAACUCGACUACUUCUUUUAGUGGUACUUCAAUACGGCGCCGAUUGACCACCACUGCCAAACAACGAAGUCAGCUCCACAACCAAUGGAAAGAGUCUCUGCGACAAGCCUGUGUGUCUCGAGCGCGAAAGAAUCGAAAGGACUUGAUUUGGAGAAAAAGACAACAACAACAACCUACGCUGACCAAUGACGAUGACAUGAUGGCUCGAAGUCUGGUCGAACAAGAACUGAGACAGCAAGGAGUCUCCAUUGUCACUCCUAGAAAGGCUUCUACUGUUUCUUCAGUGGAUGCAUUGAAUUAUGGUUUGACAACCGAAAAUAGAACCAAUCCAGCAGCACAACCAUGUUCCAUGAUGGCAGAUGAGGAGGAGCAUGGCUUUAGCAUUAGUGAACAGGAACUCGAUGAAUUACUGCAAGAAGUAGAGGAAGAAUUGAGGCGCAAUGAAGAAGAAUUGCUGGAAGAAAUGCUGGAAGAGGAACGAUGUCAGCAAGAAGACAUGGCACUGCAAAUUGCAGAGUAUGAAGAAUGGCAAAACACCAGCAAUAAUACAAGCAUGGACGAAGAAGAAUUUGUCAUUUGUCCCCUCUGCUGUGAGUCCAUGCUAGUGCAACAGCAACAACAGCAACAAUACUCAUCACAAUCCCAUCAGCCAACCAACAUGACGAUUGCUUGUCCCAAUGAUACGUGUCACUUUCAAAUCACUUCUACAAUGGGGCUGGCAGAUUUGAAAGAACAACUCAGAGUGGCAUUUGAGGAGCAUUCCAUGACUUGUCCUCAUAGUGGUACAUUGACAUUUGACUUGUUGCCACCAAUGGAAGCGACUGAACAGCAGCAACUUGUUGGAUCUUGUCCAGAGUGCGAUGGUGUCAUUCUACCAGUUGGCCAGAUGCCUUCAGCCAGUCUCACAUUUUGA